CAACAAUGACCUGACGUCAUUACUAUGCGACUCGUGUUUACAGAUUGAAAAGAUCACCCGUAAAAUAAGUCUUUUAACUUUAUACGCGAUAGUAUUACUUAGCAAGCGUGUGUGGCAGACGGGAACAUAACAAACAGCACUAUGACGUUUGCAUCCUUGAGCAAAGUAGUGCGUUCAGACGCCGAUUGUAUCUAUUUUGUGGCCUAAGAUUUGGAAGAUGUGAAGUGAAAAGUUGUCAGAGGGAAGAUCCCUCUAAAACGCAAAUGUGUAAAAUGUGUAACGUGAUAGAUGAAAGCAGUGGAUUGAUGUGAGAAUUAGAACAUGAUGAAUGAUGAAGAAGACCUUGAGACACUUGGUGAGCAGCUUUACAGUCGGAUUUAUCCAAAACACAAAGAGUCUGCUGGAAAACUCACAGGUAUGCUACUAGAGCUACCAGGUCCUGUUCUGAGACAGAUGCUGCAGGAUGAGGUGAUGUUCAGUUCAGCAGUGGAAAAAGCCCUCAGAGCCCUGCAGUCUCAGGAGCCCAGUAAGAUAACAUGUAAAGACGUGGAUGAGGAUGAAGUUUCUGCGUCAUCUGAUUCUCUUGGAGAGCAGCUGUUUGAACUGGUGGAUGUUUACAGCACUGGACAGUCACAGAAAAUCACAGGAAUGCUUCUUGAGCAGCACAAAGACGCAGUUUUAAAUCUUCUCUCAGAUCCAAAACUGCUGGAAGAGCAAGUAAACCUUGCUGUGAAGACAUUAAAAGAUCAGAGUAUGGAAGAAACAGACAUCAGUAAUUCAUCAGAUGCUGAUGACACUGAGAGGUUGGGAGAGAAGCUCUAUUCACUGGUGGAGGCCAUGGAUCCACUUAAUGCAAAUGAUAUUACAGGUAUGCUGCUGGAGAUGGAGGCACCUGCACUCCAACAGCUACUCAGUGACAACACAAUGUUGAAGAUUGCUGUUCAGAAAGCACAAGCAGCACUCCCCACCUGACACACUAUGCUUGAACAGAACAUAGUGUAAGCUGUGAGGAACUGAAAAUGAGUUAUUACAUAACCAGCUGUCAUUGUAUUUUAAUUAUCAUUGAGUAAAUGAAAGAAAAAAUCAUCUUGUGUAAAUAUUUUGGGGAUUUGCUGGAAGACAAAUGGACACAGCCUUUUUUAACAUGUAUCAUUUUGCUAAUGUAGGGUUACAGAAAUAGUGUUUAUCUAAAUUGCUCCAACUGUGAACUGAACCUCUAGAAGACAGUUGUUCCUUGAUAAAAUUAGUGCAUGUUGGCUCUACUGGUGACUCACUUGCAAGACUGUGUUAAUAAGUGUUUUUCUCAGUGUUGGUAUCGGUCCCACUCCUGAUCAGUGUUUGUGUUAAUUUUGUCAUAUUCUAUUGAUAAUGUUGUAAUUUUAAUGCGCUGAAUUGAUUUGACUCACAAAGAAUAUUCUGUAGAUCAUGUAAGGAAAUUCCAUGAACAUACAAACUAUUAUACAGUACAUACCAAGAAUCAGCCUCAUCAUCAACUUUUGUUUGUUCAAAAUUCUGGUAGCACUGUGCCUAAAUAUAGAUCUGUAGUUACUGACAUGCUUAUUGGUUCAUAUUGAAGAUGGCUUGUAAAAGGUUGUUUUAAAAGUACUUUUCUAAUUAAAUGUCAGAAAUCAGAAUCUCUUCACCAGCCACUUAAAAGUUUGUCAUUGGCCAAAACAGUUCCCUACAAAUGCACUGUUUAGCACACAUUUGCCUGAAUUUCUGUUGGCUUUCAAAAUGUUCUUGAUGUGACAAUAAAAGGAGCUUUUUAGAGUCA